CUUAGAUCUAGAGAAGGAAGAGUGUAUUGUCUGAAGAUGGAGGAUACGGGGAUAAACCACAGAAUGGUUGAUGUAAAUGGAAUCAAUAUGCAUAUAGCAGAGAAAGGUCAAGGUCCAGUGGUACUACUAGUUCAUGGAUUUCCAUCACUUUGGUAUUCAUGGAGACAUCAAAUUCUCUCUUUAGCUGCUUCUGGUUACAAAGCUGUAGCUCCUGAUUUACGCGGCUAUGGUGAUACUGAUGCACCCAUUUCUCCACAAACUUAUACCUGUUUUCACAUAGUUGAUGAUCUUGUUGCUCUAAUUGACAUACUUGGUCAAGACAAGGUGUUUGUGGUAGGACAUGACUGGGGUGCAGUUAUGAGUUGGUACCUUUGCUUAUUUAGGCCAGACAAGGUUAAAGCAUUAGUGAACUUAAGUGUCGCCUUUACUCCUCGAUUCCCUUUUGUCAGGCCACUUACGGUCUUACGAGCUAUAUAUGGCGAUGAGUACUAUAUGCUCCGGUUUCAGGAGCCUGGGGAGAUGGAAGCUGAAUUUGCACGUGUCGGCACUGAAACAGUACUCAGGAAGUUUUUGAGCUACCACACUCCAGCUCCUCUUAAGAUACCUAGAGACAAAGGGUUUGCACCCGAAGGCCAACCGACAUUGCCUUCAUGGUUAUCCGAGGAAGACAUUCAGUAUUACACAAGUAGAUACGAAAAGUCAGGCUUCACUGGAGGAUUCAACUAUUACAGAAACAUAAAUGUAAACUGGGAAUUGACCGCACAAUGGACAGGGGCACAGGUAAAGGUACCUGUUAAGUUUAUGGUAGGAGAUCAGGAUUUGUGCUAUCAUAUGGUAGGUAUGAAGGCAUAUAUCCACAGUGGUUUAAUGAAGCGAGAUGUACCAUUUCUGCAAGAGGUAGUCGUGCUCAAAGGAGUUGGUCACUUCAUCAUGGAAGAACGAGCAGACGAAAUCAGUGGCCAUAUGAUCAUCAAUAAUGGGGAAGUCACUGUUUCUGUUUCUGUCUCGUCUUCUUCAUCUUCUCUUGCUAAUCAGUCCAAGUAAAGCUGGUUUUGGUGUUGGUGUUGGGGUUGGCAUUGGUGGGGGUGGAGCAGGAAGAGGCGGUGUGGAGGAGGAGGAUAUGGUAGUGGUGCAGGAGGAGGAUAUGGUAGUGGUGGAGGAAGUGGGGGUGGAGGUGGAGGUGGUGGUGGUGUUUGGGUUGGUGGAGUUAUAAAUCCUACUACUCCUACUCCAAGUAUUACUCCAAAUGCAAACCCACCAGAAUCAUCAGAGUCAUCAAAUGCAAACCUGAAAUUAGCUUACAAUGUUCUGCAAACAUGGAAAUCAGCAAUCACUGAUGACCCAUCAGGAAUUUUGAAAACAUGGGUUGGUUCUAAUGUAUGUUCAUACAAAGGGAUAUUCUGCUCAGAAAAUGGUGAUGACUACCAAGGAUACAUCUCUAGUUCAACAAGCAGUCUUGUUGUUGCAGGAAUAGAUAUCAAUCAUGCUAAUCUUCUCUGGGUUUUCAAAAACUAGAGAAAAUCUAUCUGUAAUUGAUGAGCUUCUUAUGAUGUGGAAUUUGUCUGAUACUGAUAAUGUUUUAGAUGAGCUUGAAGAGGCUUUACUUGUUUCUGAUUUUGGUCCUAAAAUCACAUUUAAGAUUGUUGAUAGUUUAAGGGAGGAUAUUUUAAGUGGGAAGCUCAAAUCUGGUUCUGAGAUUAAGGUAAGGUACAGAUGUUGUUGUUUUUUGAUUGUUUAUUAGGAAUUAGGAUGAUGGCGAGUUUGGAACUCGGUCGGGGCAAGGUGCUAUUGGUUUUUUAAUUGUACCAUAUUAUAAUUAUAAUUCUGACUCAUCCAAUUGUUAGU